AUGAACAAGCUACCCAGAUCACGACCUGGGCUUCCUCUCCCUCUGUGCAAGAUCGUCCCGUUUAACCCAGGUCCUUGGGUCGUGUCCUUCUGCUCCCAGGAGUUGCUGCGGUUUGCAUCGCCUCCUCUCAGAGAAGCAACUGCCAGUUCCUUAAUGCCUACCAUCGGAGAACGUUCUAUUCAAAUUCAGGCCUGGAAAGAGAUCGCGACUCCGGGACAAAACCGUCGUAUAUCAUCAAGUUGGCAAUACCGGCCGUACGGGCUUCGGGGUUGCCUUCGAUACACGUUGGCGGCAUCUUGGUUCUUGAUAAUGUUGUCCUUGGAAAAAAUCGAAGUAAAUAAUAUCACUCAUCAAUACAUCGAUGACAACAGUAGCUACAGCCGGUCGUGGGAACAAAGAAGAUCCAAGAAGACAUCUCGCAAGCGCGCUGAAUCCUUAUCAGCUCCGGUCCACAGUGCCGGUGUCGGAGAGCGGGCGGGUAAUGUGUGUGCGCUACGCCUGUCUCUGCUCUCCACGUCGUGGGUGAGAGCGUGUAAGGAGCCGGUAGUGCAUAACGAUGCAGGAGCCAAUAGUAGGUCAGGGCGGGGAAAGAUUUACAUGUUACCCUGGCAACCGAGGAGGAACUGUUUCUUAUUGGCUGCCUUAGCCGUCGCCCUGGUUACCAUAUGUAGCGGAUAUAUUUAUGGACAGUUUGAGCGCGGUGAGAUAUCGUUCUGCUGCGAGCGAACAUAG